AUGAAAAGUCAAAUGAAGCACAAGAGUCGGCCAAAAGCUUUAAUGGCAAACAUAGCCCUAUCGGACACUAUAUUAACGGUCAAUACAUUAAUACCGAGAUUUGUUUUAAUGAGGCAUUUGAUUGAUAAUAAUAAUAACCCUACGAUUGGCGCAUAUAUUCUUCAAUCGUUUCACAAUUAUUUAGAUAACAUAACACUAUUUUCAACAUCACAUUCAAUGAUACUGAUAGCGUGCGACAGAUAUUAUGCUAUAACUCAUGUAUUUAAUAAUCCAUUGGAUAAAUAUUGUACUCGACAUAUAACAUUGACCACAUGGUUGUGCGCUAUCAUACUAUCGGUUCCCUUUGCAUUGACCAAUGAUGUCGAUUAUUUUAACUUCACUAAUAAUACACUCUAUUGUAUGAAAAGAAAUGAUACAUAUCUUAAUGAUAUCCUAUCAAACAGAGCCUACACACUAAGCACUCGUAUAUUCGGUAUGUCCAUCAACUUCAUUGUACCGACACUACUUGUCACGUGGUUUACCACUCAAAUGAUCAAUGCAUUGGUAUUUAGUGAUAACAUUACCCAACAUCAUGUCUCCGGUCGAAAAGUAAAUCGCUACUUUACAGUUAAAAGUCAGUCUCCGUGUGGUUUAACUCCCGGCUAUUACUUCUUUUAUGUGACAUUUCGUACGACUAAUUCACUCAAUUCAGUCAUAUUUUUCUGGUUGAGCUCUAGCUUUAGGAAACAAUGCUUUCAAUUAUUUAAAACAAAAGACAACACAACAACUUCACGGAUGAGGACGUCAUCCACAGAAAUACUGUUUAUUUAA